AUGAAACUUCAGAUAUUAGAUAGCAUUAUUGACAUUUUGGAUCAUGUACAAAAUGAUAUCUCCAAUUCAACAAACAAAAGCGAAAAGCCUCAAUCAGAUUUCAAUCAAGUUCCAAAAGAAAUAGUUAAAGAAAACACCGAGCAAGAAAUGCAAUCUAUUAAAUCUCCAAUACAAGAAAACCAAGAAAACGAAUUUCCAAUCGAAUUUCUUGAUAAAAUUUCUAAACUUAAAAAUUCCUAUUUUACUUAUGAAAUCUACAAAUUUUUUGAUGAAAUUUCAGAAAAAGGGAAUCAAAAAAUGAUGCUCAAAGCAAUUGAAGAAGGACUUCAUGAAAAAAUAUUUGAUUGGGGCAAUGUACUUCAUCAUGCAUCAGAAAAAGGAAAUCUGAGACUUGUUAAAUCUCUAAUUGAAUGUGGUUGUGACAAAGAAGCAGAGGGUAUAUGGGGUUAUACUCCACUCCUUUAUGCAUCGUGGAAAGGUCAUCUUGAAGUAGCUAAAUAUCUUAUCUCGAUUGGAGCUAAUAUUGAAGCAAAAGAGGAUAAGGGAGAAACUCCACUCUAUAUUGCAUCAGAAAAUGGUCAUGCUGAAGUUGUUAAAUACCUUAUCUCAGUUGGAGCUAAUAAAGAAAUAAAGAAUCAAUUUGGAUAUACUCCACUCAUUGUUGCAUCAAUAAAUGGCCAUCUUGAAGUUGUUAAAUGUCUUGUCUCAGCAGGAGCUAAUAAAAAUGCAAAGGAUAGAGAUGGAGAUACUCCACUCAUACAUGCAUCAAUGGGAGAUCAUCUUCGAGUUUUUAAAUAUCUUAUCUCUGCAGGAGCCGAUAAAACUGCAAGAAAUAAUAACAGACAGACGGCAAAUUUAGUUGCAGGUAGAAAUGUUAGAGAUUAUCUAGUAAUAGAACAAUUUAAGAGAAACCACGUUAAUUUCUAG